AUGAAGAAGUCAAUCAGUUCGGCUGUGAACAAGGCUGUGGAGGGGAAUGCUUGGAAGAAGUUUACGGAUGUAUCUGUGGGCAGGGGCAAAACUGUGUAUCCUAAAAGCUCAGCGGAGCAGGAACGAAUCGGAGUUCGUUGGGACUUCGAUGGGGAGGUUUCCAAAGCGGAUGGUGUAUACAACAAGUUCCAGAUGCAGCCCAACGCCGGGAAAAUCCCAUCUUCCAUCAAACAAUGGAGGGAACAAAAUGGCGGCACACACUCCGUCAUGGCCGACGCCUUGGUGAAGAAAGGAGGCACACAGGAUGAUGUCAAAAAGGCACUUGAGGACGCAGCAAAGUCCAUCUAG